AUGGCGACAGAGGCCCACUGCGCAUACUGCUUCGAGAGCCUCGCCGCGUCCCUCGAAAAGCGCCCCGCGCUCUCCCUGCGCCAAACCGAAGCACUAUGGAAGAAGUACCACGGCUCAGCCACCACGGCUGGAACCGACGUCGACUCGCCCGCCAAACCCGCCGCGGUAUCACGGCUGCUCUCACCCUCCAGCGGCAGCUCGUCCGGCGCAGCAUCCACGCCCAGUGGCACAAGCUCCGCCAGCAGCGCCGACACAAGCGUGACAUCGCUGGGCACAGCGCUGCAGAACGAAGGCGCGCAGGAAGACCACCCGCUGUUCGUGACAUGGAACACGGUGAGCCGCAGCGGGGAGAAGCGACUGCGGGGCUGCAUUGGCACGUUUGAGCCGCUAGACCUGGAAGAGGGGUUGGAGAGCUAUGCGUUGACGAGUGCAUUCGACGACACGCGCUUCGCGCCCGUCACUGCGCGCGAACUCCCCUCGCUGCAGGCCGCCGUAACCCUUCUCACCGACUUUGAACCCACGCCCAACGCCGACCCUCUGGCGUGGGACAUCGGCACCCACGGGCUGCGCAUCUCAUGGACGCACCACGGGCGGCGGUAUGGGGCGACAUACCUCCCGGACGUAGCGCGGGAGCAAGGCUGGACCAAGGAAGAGACGCUGGUGAGUCUGAUGCGUAAGGCGGGGUGGAGCGGGCGGAAGGACGACUGGCAGAAGGUGGGGUUGAAGGUUGUGCGGUACCAGGGGAAGAAGGUGAGCUUGGAGUAUGGCGAGUGGAAGGCGUGGCGGGCGUGGGUGGAGGAGGAGAUGGCUGAUAAGUAG